UUCAUUUUAUGGAAUGAGAUGCAGUUUUCACUGAUUUUCAUCGUCAUUUUUACCAUAUUCCGAGCAGAGUCCGAUGCUUGGUGGAUUAAAAAGCCAUGUCAAUACAAAGUUGGAGCCUCGGCAUACUAUUUUGGUACAACAAACUUGAGCUGCAUGAUUAGAAAAGUUCUUAAAGGCAAACGAAGUGCACCACAAAGGAAUAAUCGAGAAUUCAGCCAUCGAUUCAUUUACUACCAGGGAAAAUACUUCGAUUUCAUGGAUACAUCAAAGGUCUAUAUUUCAAACAGCCGAUUUUACGGAGACCGCUGCAGUGGUGGAAUAGAGAAUAAUCCAGCAGGGUACAGUACGUUGAGCCUCAGUUGCAUCGAGGGAUGCGCCAGAAACUACCGAUGUAAAUAUGGAAAAUAUAAAUUAUUCAGGAACAACUGCCACGAUUUUGCCAACAGGAUGUCUCAAAUUCUCUGUAAAAAUGGGUCUGACUGUCCGACAUGGUGCUUGGGUAGUUGCAAUGAUGCUGAGUACAAUUACUGAAUAAGAAAUAAAUAGUUUGACGAAAAUCA